AUGGAAUCAAGCAAAAGAAACAUUUACUCCUUCAAGAUCAAAGAUCCCGAUCUAAGGAGCUUAUGUGACUUGGUCUCUCAGAUGCACCCAGUAUACAGAAUCAACUUUGGAAAGAAUUAUGGCAACCUGCUCAGCAUCCUCAAUCAACAAGUGAACCAUACAACCUUAAUCACUUUAGCCCAAUUCUAUGACCUACCUUUAAGAUGCUUCACAUUCCAAGACUUCCAGCUAGCACCAACGUUGGAAGAAUUCGAGCGUCUUGUUAGGAUUCCUAUGAAGAACAAGCCACUAUUUGAAGGGAUAUAUGAACCUUUGCCCCUUGAGGUCAUUGCUAGUGCGCUUCACAUGGAUGAAAAGGAAGCAGAGGCUAACUUAGAGACCAAAGGGAAUACCAAAGGAUUUUCACUAAGUUUUCUUUUGGAAAAAGCUCAUACCCUAUUGAAGGCAGAAAGUUGGGAUGCUUGUUACUCUGCUAUUGCAUUGGCCAUCUAUGGCGUCGUCCUGUUCCCGAAUAUGGAUGGUUUCGUAGACAUGACUGCCAUUUGUGUUUUCUUUACUGGGAACCUAGUACCCACUUUGUUAGCCGAUGUCUACUAUUACAUAAGUCAUAGGUAUACUAAGAAGAAGGGAUUGAUUGUUUGUUGUGCUCCUUUAUUAUAUCAGUGGUUUCUAGAACAUAUUCCGAAGACAGGUGCUUGGGUUGAACAGACAGAUGUUAGUUGGCCUCAGAGAUUGGGAUCACUCCGAUCUGAAGAUCUCUCUUGGUACUCCAAAGAAUACAUCAACAUGGAUAUUAUAUUCAGUUGUGGAGAUUUCCCAAAUCUACCGCUUAUUGGAACUUAA